AUGGUCGCCUCCAGCCCCUACCAGUGCAUGACGCUGGCGCUGUUGAUGCUGCCGCCGCUUCUCUUAACGACCUACUUUAUGGCGGCGUUCCCAAGCCCUCCAGCGCCCAUCAGCGUGCACCCGUCGCUGGCCAGCCUUCCAUCCACAUCCAAGUCCUGGUCAAUAUACCCAGAAGACUUUUAUACGGGCGGAGGAUACGCCGUAUUUCCGACUGGAAAAGUGCGGUAUUGGCUUCUUGGUCCUGAGAAAGGCAAGAAGAUUGUCUUGAUACAUGGUCUGUCAAUACCUGCGAUCAUUUGGAAGGAUGUGGCACCGAAACUAGUGGCGAGUGGUCAUCGCGUGUUGCUGUACGACCUUUAUGGAAGAGGAUACUCCGACGCACCGCAGACUGCAUAUGACACCAACCUGUACACUACACAACUCGCAUUCUUGAUGCAGUAUUUGAAAUGGCAGAAGGCAAAUAUCAUUGGUGUAUCGAUGGGAGGUGCAAUAGCAGCUGCAUUCACUGCCCAGUUUCCGCAUCUUGUUGAUGAAAGCGUCGGUCUUAUCGCUUGUGCAGGGCUGAUGGAGUCCAAUGACAUCUCUCGCACCGCCAAAGUCAUGUCAUCACCUCUUAUUCAAAUCCUGGCAUCUAGUCGCCCGGUUCAGAUGUACAUGCAACGUCUUACAAAUCAAUCCGUAUCACAGGAUGAAAAACCUCUCCUUGAGAUCGUGCGACUGCAAUCGGCCCAUUUGCCAGGCUACAACCACGCCCUAUCAUCAUCACUGAGGGACGGCCCAGUUCGUGGGCAACGGGCCGCCUUCCAGUCAAAAUCAUUUGAGGGCAAGAGGGUGCUGAUCCUUCAUGGUACAAGGGAUUCCACUGUUCAUCCCAAAUAUGCAGACAAAAUAUCUGCUCUCCUCCCUUCGGCUGCAAAGCAGAAGUUAAUUAUGCUUGAGGGGGCCGGACACGAUUUGAGCGUAAGCCACCCCGAGCAGGUGACAGCUGAAUUGCUAGACCUUUUAGAUGGACGGUCAUGGAAAAAGUUGCCUUGA